UGCCGGGGAGGGGCUGUGAUUGCAGAGGGUCCGGGUGUCUGGCAGAGGGCUAUAGAGCAGUACUGCAUCCUGGGCCGCAUUGGGGAGGGCGUGCACGGCAUCGUCUUCAAGGCCAAGCACGUGGAGACUGGAGAGAUCGUUGCCCUCAAGAAGGUGGCCCUGCGGCGGCUGGAGGAUGGCAUCCCCAACCAGGCCCUGCGGGAGAUCAAGGCCUUGCAGGAGAUCGAGGACAGUCAGUAUGUGGUACAGCUGAAGGCCGUGUUCCCGCAUGGCGCAGGCUUCGUGCUGGCCUUCGAGUUCAUGCUGUCAGAUCUGGCUGAGGUGGUGCGCCACGCCCAGAGGCCGCUGACCCAGGUGCAGGUCAAGAGCUACCUGCAGAUGCUGCUCAAGGGGGUCGCUUUCUGCCAUGCCAACAACAUUGUACAUCGGAACCUGAAACCAGCCAACCUGCUUAUCAGUGCCUCGGGCCAGCUCAAGAUAGCGGACUUUGGCCUGGCCCGGGUCUUUUCCCCAGAUGGCAGCCGUCUCUACACGCACCAGGUGGCCACCAGGUGGUACCGAGCCCCUGAGCUCCUGUAUGGUGCCCGCCAGUAUGAUCAGGGUGUCGACCUGUGGGCUGUGGGCUGCAUCCUGGGGGAGCGGUUGAACGGGUCCCCCCUUUUCCCAGGGGAGAAUGACAUUGAACAGCUUUGCUGUGUGCUUCGAAUCUUGGGCACCCCCUGUCCUCAAGUCUGGCCGGAGAUCAAGGACCUGCCUGACUACAACAAGAUCUCCUUCAAGGAGCAGGCUCCCGUGCCCCUGGAGGAGGUGCUGCCCUAUGCCUCUCCCCAGGCCUUGGACCUGCUGGGGCAUUUCCUCCUCUACCCUCCACGCCAGCGCAUUGCAGCCUCCCAGGCCCUCCUGCACCAGUACUUCUUCACAGCUCCCCUGCCUGCCCACCCCUCGGAGCUGCCGAUUCCUCAGCGCCCAGGGGGACCUGCCCUCAAGGCCCCCCCAGGACCCCCUCACGUCCAUGACCUCCACGUGGACCGGCCUCUCGAGGAGUCGCUGUUGAACCCGGAGCUGAUUCGGCCCUUCAUCCUGGAGGGCUGAGACGUUGGGCCUGGCCCCACCGGCGUGUCCCCCACUUCCCUCCCCAGGACAAGCCAGGCCUCUUGUUCUUCUGCUCCGGCCUGAUUCGACCA